AUGAAGUACACAGCUAAAUACCUCCAUCCAGCUACUCUCCUUUCGGAACCGUUUGCCAUGGACUGCCCGGUCACCACCGAUGGGGACUAUAUCAGCUCCCAGGUAGCAGUAUUUCCGACUGACGAGGACGACAACAGCCAACGAGUCGGAGGGCUCGCCUCCAUGCCUGUCACCAACGGCGUGCGGUACCACGCACCGCAGUCUGCGAUGCAAGACUUGCAUUAUCCCAGCUCGACUGCACUUGCAAUGACUCCUCCUGAUUCCUGUUCCGAUUCGUUCUCCCCAACGUCUGGUCCUCUGUUUCCUCAUAUGGCCCAACACCAACAUCCCUUUGACCGAGUGCCAGAUUUCCGUCGAGUACCAUCCCUCCAACCUCCCACCGGCAUGUCAGCCACUAUGCAAAGUCCAGUGCACUCUGUGAGCUCUAUCUCGGCAUUGAUGGGACGCAACAAUGCGUAUUCAUCAUCAUAUGCACUCCAGCAUGGCAUGGGCUUGCCAUUGAGUGGAAUCAAUGAUGUCUGUCGCAAUCAUGGAUAUUCAGGCACUCCUCGGGCUCUGGAUGUUCUGGAUCGAAACCAGACCGCUCUACUCCAACAGCCUCAAUUGGAAUCCCCGCAGCGUCCGCACCCUCAGAUAGAGGCACCGCCAUUUGAGGAGACGAGCGUUCUUGAAUCAAUUGUCACGGACUUUGGAGGUACCCAGCAAACCGUCAAACCGGAAGUAUAUGCGAAGAUAGGGCGUGGGUUCUUCCCAUCCGAUAACAAGUGGACCUGCUACCGACGAAAUUACUUUGCUGUGACUUGCAGCUUCAGCCUGCACCCAUGGCCUUCGACCGUUCCUCUCUACAUUCGCCAUGCAGAUCAAACUCUGGAGCCGAUCCGCAACUUUGCAAUGUCCAUUUCUGCCAUAGUCAAUGGGCAAUAUGGAGAGACCAGAGAGCUCGUGCAGCAUACUCCCAAGCGGGAUAAACAGUCAGAACGCCCACCACCCCGAGUGCACCUACAACCCUCGCCUCCACAGUCCCUCGCAUCCGCUACCACUGGAAACGGAACCCACGGUUUCCAACUUGGCUCGCAAUCAUUGGACUACAAUUCCUCUUUCGCCGCCGCACCUCAACCUCCACAAUCACAUAUGUUUGAGCGGAUCCAGUUCCAAAAGGCUACGGCCAACAAUGGCAAGAGACGUGCCCAGCAGCAAUUCUACAAUCUCGUGGUCGAGCUGCAGGCCGAGAUCGCAGGCCCAGUCGGUGGAGAAUCACAGUGGGUUCUCAUUGCCCGUCGACACUCGCAUUCAAUGGUCGUGCGAGGUCGUUCCCCGGGCCACUACAAGGACGGCAGACGCGAUAGCACAGCUAGCAUGGGACCCGAGGGAGGGAGUGGAGACGGCAGUGGCAGUACCCUCCCUCACGUCAUGGGACAAGCAGCGCGCUCACACCUGCUUCUGUACGACUCACCCCAUCGAGGAAGCUUGCCCUACGGGCGAACAGAUUACCGCCAGAUGCCAACGGCCGAGCACUCGCCGAUAAGCGAUAGCCCACUCGUCUCAUCCUCUUCCUCGUCCGGUUUCGACUACUCCAUGAUCAACGAUACCAUGGAUCCGAUGGACACGUUGAAGACCGAGACUACAUUGGACCCCUACCAAGAUCCAUUCACAGGGGUACCCAAUACCCGCACGACCACGAGCGGAUUCGACCCGGUCUACUCGACUUACAACGGGUACAGCACGAUUCCUAACUCUCGUAGUCUGUGCACCUAG